CUCCCUGUCUCCCUCCCUUGUCUCCUAUUCCUCUGUCUGUCUGUUUCUAUUACUUUGUGAUUUCUUGACAACUGUUACAUCUAGCAAAUGUUUCUUUUUACAGAGUAUGGUGUCUGUGAAAACUUGCGAAAGCUGGAGAUCACCGGUGUGUCUUGUCGAGACGUCUAUGCGAAGCUGCUGCACCGGUACAGACACAUCCUGGGAUUGUGGCAGCCAGACAUCGGGCCCUACGGAGGGCUGCUGAAUGUGGUGGUGGAUGGCUUGUUCAUUAUUGGUUGGAUGUACCUGCCUCCCCAUGACCCUCAUGUGGACGACCCAAUGCGAUUCAAGCCCUUGUUUAGAAUUCACCUGAUGGAGAGGAAGUCAGCCACAGUGGAGUGCAUGUAUGGCCACAGAGGGCCCCACAACGGCCACAUCCAGAUUGUGAAGAAGGACGAGUUCUCCACCAAGUGCAACCAGACAGAGCACCACAGGAUGUCUGGGGGGAGACAAGAGGAAUUCCGAACGUGGCUGAGGGAAGAAUGGGGGCGGACGCUGGAGGACAUUUUCCAUGAGCACAUGCAGGAGCUCAUCCUGAUGAAAUUCAUCUAUACCAGUCAGUAUGACAACUGCCUGACAUACCGCCGCAUCUACCUCCCGCCCAGCCACCCGGACGACCUCAUCAAGCCAGGCCUCUUCAAAGGCACCUAUGGCAGCCACGGCCUGGAGAUUGUCAUGCUCAGCUUUCAUGGGAAGCAUGCCAGGGCCACAAAGAUUACGGGUGACCCCAAUAUCCCUGCCGGGCAGCAGACAAUAGAGAUCGACCUCAUGCGCCCCAUCCAGCUGCCCAACGUUGAGAACCUCUGCAACUUCAACGAGCUCUCCCGCAUCGUCCUGGAGAUUCAUGAGCAGGUGCGCCAGGAGCAGCAGCAGCAGCAGCAAGAAGACAGGACUGAGGAUGGCGAGGGUGCCGGGCCACCCACUGAGAAGGCCACAGAGCCCGGGAAUGAAGGGGCCGCAGCUUUGAAGGAGCAGCCUGUCCAGUUUGUUCUGCCUGUGGGUGUGAGCUCAAGGAACGAGAAUUACCCACGAACCUGCAAGAUGUGUUUCUAUGGCACGGGCCUCAUCGCUGGCCAUGGCUUCACUAGCCCCGAGCGCACUCCUGGGGUCUUCAUCCUGUUUGAUGAAGACCGCUUUGGGUUCAUCUGGCUGGAGCUGAAGUCCUUCAGCCUGUACAGCAGAGUCCAGGCCACCUUCCGGAACGCGGAUGCACCGUCCCCACAGGCCUUCGAGGAGAUGCUCAAGAACAUUCAGUCCCUGACCUCCUGACGGCCUCGUGCCCUGCUGGGGUGGCUCCGGACCCCGAGACCUGGGAAGAGCAGCAGCAUGCACUUUGGAGAUUCGACCUUCUGACCAGAAUACCCACCUUCUUGUAGGUGUCUCGGACCGAGACACUUUCUAUAGAGUGUGCAACAAAUGUCUACAUAUUUCUCAGUAGCUGAUGGGAAGGCUGAGCUUGAGCAUGUCUUAUAAAAAACAAGAAUUGGAGAAAUUGAGUUUGUCUUUGGCUCACUGACAGUUUUCUAGGGAAAACAAAAUCCUCCUUCAGGGAAGUUCAUGACAUAACUGAGUCUCUUGAUUUAACGGUCCAGUGUGUGGGGUACCAGCUCCACUGUCCACUUUGUAGGAACAAAUGAGAGUGGCCAUGCGCCUGUGAGGGCCUUGGCGAGGUGAACUAUGCAGUUUGGGCAGGUAGGGAGGGGCAGUGUUUGUGGAAAGAGCCCCAGGGAGUCGGGGGGUGUCAGUCCCGAGACCCAGGACUAAAUUCCCAUUUCUCUUUGUUUUGUUUUUGUUGUCCCCUUUUUUCUUUUUUUCUUUUUGCUUUUUUGUGAAUUCCCAUUUCUAUGCUGACUCAGAUUUUGGGCAAAAGCACUUCACCCCCAUCUCAGUUUCUGAAUCAGGGAAAUGGGGUGAGCGAUACGGGUCACUAGAGAACGUCACUGCUGGCCUUCGAGCAGCUUGAAGGCCCUUUGAGCACCACCCAUGGUCCUGGUUCCUGGGCAAGCACCCAGGUGCUUGUCCUGACCUCUCUCUAGCUUUAGAACCUUCCCUGCAGCCAGUUGCAGUCAGGACUCAUUGUGUAGCUAUCACAUACACACACACACAUGCUCUGAUGUUAGAAUCCCAGACUGCAGCCAUGUGUCCCAGAACUGGGACAAGUCUCUGUCUCUUUAUGACCCUGCAUUUAUUCCAUCUGCAUGGUAUACACAGGCACUGUUCUGGGAAGUGUUAAAGCGUCAGAAGUGGCUGCAUGUGAGCACGGGCAAGUGGGCAGUUUUCUAGAGAAGUCACACUGUACGAAUUGGGAUGCACUUUGGAGAUCAGGACCUGUCCAGGACCCUCCCGCAUGGAGACCCUGAGCACUGACUCUUCUACUGGCUUUGUACCGUGUUGGGUUGACACCUGCAUUUGGGGACUCACCCUCUGAGGUCCUGGCUGAUCUCAGUAUCUCCUGAAGAACCACGCCCUAAAUGCGUGUGGCCUCCAAGAAUGUUUCACCUUUCCCUCCAGCCUGCAGAGCCAUCUGCACACCACUUGCCCAGGUGUUCGCUUCACGGAGGGCAGAGUGGAGCUUGUCCCCCUCUCCGUUGCUUGUCUUUGUUGGGUGGACUGCACUGAGCCCUCAGGCCAGAUGCAAGGGACCCCCCAGGGAAGGGGGCAGCUUUGUGGUGCCUUCAUGUAGAGACCAACCUGAGCUGUCUCGUGAAAUGUGUCCUGUUUUCCCAAUUAAUUUCUUUCUGGCCUUUUUUUUUUUUUUAAAAUAAAAAAAUCCCCACUGCCCUA